AUGGAAAGGCUUCCGGCUCGUGAAACAAGUUCUCCAAGUGAUGAUGUCAUGGGAUUAACUGAUAGAUUGCUGGAUUUUGCUCCUGGUAUUGCGGGAGAGCAACUAACGGAAAAACAAGAAAUUGCAUUAAAAGAAGCAGCUGUGUAUUUUUAUAAACAAUUAAUGUUGCAACAACAAAAACCAAAUGACGCGGCAUCCAUUUCUCUAGUUAAUUCUUCCAGCGAUAUAUGUAGAAUAUGCAGAGAAGCCGGUAGCAAAGAAGAUUUAAUAACCACUUGCUGCUGCAGAGGAACAAUGAGAUUCAUUCAUUUAUCAUGUUUAGAACAUUGGUUAGCCGAAUCUGAUUCAACAAAAUGCGAAUUAUGUUCAUAUCAAUAUCAAACAGUUAGAACGCCAAAGUAUUCAAUAAUAAAAUCUAUACUUUUGUGGCUUCAAAAUCCAGGAAGACGAAGAGAUGCCAGAGAAAUUAUGUUAGAUUUUCUUGCUUUAAUUGUAUUUACACCGAUGGCAUUUUUUGGAACUUACAUGGCUUUGCUCACAGCUGAAACUUGGUAUAUUUUUUAUUAUUUAAAUUUUACACUUUUGAGAUUUAAAAGCACACAGUACACUACGGAAAAUUGCAUAGCUAUGAGUCCUACAAUCACGAAAAUAGUAUCCGUUGGAUGUCUCGGCAUUAUCGGAGCUAUCGAUACUGCUUAUUUUUCGUGGCUUCUUGUAAGAGCACAACAUCACACGAGAGCCUGGAAUCGUUGGAGGAGACGAAAUAGUAUUGUUAAAGUCAUACUUUCUCCUAAAAAAUCAAAAUCAAACGAACAGAACGGAUUAAACGGAAAUAAAAGUAUAACAAAAGCAGAAGACAGUGUAACGAAUCAAGUAACCGAAACAGAAUCAUGA